AGAGAGAGAGACGGAGGAAAACUUCAGCUGCUGACAACCUGCAGGAGGAACUCUGCUUCUGCUUCUUCUUCUUCUUCUUCUUCUUCUGCUGUUCCAGGCAGAGGCAGCGUUUUCCUGUGGCGGCACCGUGGGCGUCGGACCGACAACCUCAUGAGUUGCAGGGUUUUGCGUUGGUCUCCCUGGAAUAUCUGACCUGCGGGCACACGGUCGCUCCUCCAGGAAGCAGCAAACUGCUUUCUGAUAUUUUUUGCUUUUGACCGUCUGAAGAAAAAAGUUUCCUCCAUGGCGCCCGGUGUGUGUGUGCUGCUGUGUGUGUGUGUGUUUGCGUGUGUGUGUGUGAGUGUGUGUGGGGCGUCUAACCUGGACACCGUCUACCCGCUGCUGAAGCAAGGCAGCAACGGCAGCCUGUUCGGCCUGUCUGUCGCCCUGCACCAGCAGAAAGACAACUACCUCCUGUUGGUUGGAGCUCCCAAGGAGAAGGCGGAGUCUGGUGUUCCAGCCAAUCAAACAGGAGGAGUGUACAGCUGCCCCAUCACAGCUGACCGGUCAGAAUGCUUCAGGAUGAACCUCAUUGGCUCAGACGACGACCUGGACUGGACCAAGGACCUGGUUGAGGACAUGUGGUUGGGCGUCUCAGUAGCCAGUCAGGGCCAGCCUGGGGGGCGGGUCUUGGCCUGCGGUCAUCGCUUCGUUAAGUUCUACGGCGUUCUGCAGCUCAGGCACAUGAUUGGCAAGUGCUAUAUCCGUGGCAACGACCUGCAGUACGACCCCGACGACAUCCAGUGGCAGAGCCCGCACCAGGUGUGCAGCCACAUUGGUGAGCUCAGGGGCAGUGAGAUCAUGUGUAACACGGGCAUUUCAGCUGCCAUCACCCAGACUGAGGUCAUCGUGGGCUCGCCGGGAAGCUUUGAAUGGCAAGGUAAUGUCCACGUGUCAUGGAAGAACCCAGACAGUCAGUAUGACACCAAGACCAGUGCCUUCAAGAACAUGGACCGCAGAAACAUUUAUAUAGGAUACUCAGUGACUCAAGCCCCUCACCUGUUAUCUGGGGAUGCUGUAACCAUAGUAACUGGCGCUCCUAAGGACAAUAAGAAGGACGGGCGUGGCUCGGUGCUGCUGGCGGUGAUGCGGGCGGCGGACGGCGAGCUGGAGCUGCAGCAGACUCUGCGUGGAGAGCAGACGGGCUCGUACUUCGGCAACGCCGUGGCCGCCACCGACCUCAACAGCGACGGGUGGAACGACCUCCUGGUGGGCGCUCCUUUUUUCUUCCGGCGGCAGGCGGAGGAGGGCGGGGCCGUGUACGUUUACAUGAACGCGGGCGGCCGGCUGGCGUCGCAGCCCACGCUGACGCUGCGCGGCCCGGCCGGCUCGGCGUUCGGCAUGGCGCUGGCCGCCGCCGGAGACCUGAACCAAGAUGGCUUCCAGGACUUCGCCGUCGGCGCUCCUUUCCACGGAACAGGAAGUGUGAUGAUUUGGACAGGAAGUGCCCAGGGAAUCUCCAUGAAGCCCAGCCAGGUGAUAGAGGGGCGACAGGUGUGGUCUGGUUUCAGGAUGUUUGGUUACUCCCUGUCAGGUGGGCUCGACGUCGACGGGAACAGAUACCCUGACCUGCUGGUGGGCUCUCUGGACGACACGGUCGCCCUGCUCAGGACGCGUCCAGUCAUCCACCUGAAUAAAACUUUGAGAGUGACUCCUGACAUUGUCGACCCGAACAGCUGUGACGAAUGUGUGGAGGUGGAGGUGUGUUUCUCCUACAUUAUCAGCACAGGAGACAGGAGCUACAGGGAGAACAUCACCGUCGAUUUCACCGUGGCAGCCGACGUGACACGUCACAAGACCCGCCUCCGUUUCCAUGACAACAGGCAGGAUGUGUACACUGGCUCCAUUUCGUUGACGUCAAGACGUUGUAAAGUCCUGAGACUGGGACUGGUGGAACCGAUCCAGGACAAGGUGGAACCGCUGGUGUUCUCUCUGAACGCCUCUCUGUCCGAGAAGCUGCCCAAGAACACCAGGAGACUGCAGAACCUGGACCGCUUCCCCGUGCUGAGCCAGGAACCCAAACCCAUCAGAACCCAGAUCCACAUCCAGACGGACUGUGGUGCUGAUAACCGUUGCCAUAGUAACCUCCAGAUGAAAGCCCAGUUCACCGACGAGGAGCAGAAACCCUUCCCCAGUGUGCAGGGCCUGCAGGUGUUCCAGUAUAACUCCAGCAUCAAGCGGCUGCUGCUGGAGGUCAACGUGACCAACCAGCCAGAGGCGGGACGUCCCGCAGAGGAAGCUCACAGAGCCACCCUGAACCUCACCAUCCCCCCAACACUCAAAUACUCUGGAGUGCGCUCCAAGGGUGUUGUCCCCCCUGUGCUGUGUUCAGUAAACGGGCAGGUUCUGCUGUGUGACCUGGGGAACCCGCUAAAGAGAAACCAGAAGGUUCAGGUGGUGAUCAUAUUCCAGACGUCUGAGGUCAGUUUGGACACCACAGAGAUCCACUCUGUGCUGCAGCUGUCCACGCUCAGCGAACAGUCAGACCUGUCUCCCCUCUCUCUCUCCAUGUUGGUGGAGUAUACUCUGCAGAGCGCCCUGACUCUAAUCGAGCAGCCAGGCCACGCCUACUUCAGCGGUCAUGUGAUCGGGGAGUCGGCUGUGAGGAGCACCAGCGACAUCGGCAGCCCGCUCAACUUCACCUUUCAGGUGGACGUCAUCGGGAAGCCGCUGGGUCACCUGGGCAGCCUGGAGGUGGAGUUUGAUUGGCCGUGGGAGGUGGCCAAUGGGAAGUGGCUGCUCUACCUCACAGAGAUCCUAUUGGACGGCACCUCAGAGCCCCGCUGUGUUCCGCCCGGCAACAUCGUCAACCCCCUCAACCUCAAGCUGGCGGAGCAGCUCAGGAGGAGGCGGAGUCUGGAGGUGAAGGAGGAGGAGCAAAGAGGAGAAACUCCAGCUGCCAUCAGCCUGCAGGGCCCGAGGAGGAGGAGCUUCACCCUGGACUGCGUGCACGGUGCUGCUCGCUGUGUGAAGUUCAUCUGUCCGCUGGUCAACAUGAACAACUCAGCAACUCUGAGAGUCCGAGCCAGACUGUGGGAGUCCACCAUGACCGAGGACUACAGGGAGGCGUGGAGCGUGACGGUUCAAGGUCGGGCGACUCUGAAGCUGCUGACGGACAAACGGGCGAUCAAGAUGACGACUCAGAGCACAGAGUUUAUGCUGGACGUGCGUCCGGAGCAGGCGGAGGAGCUGGACGCCGGCGCCCCCCUGUGGAUCAUCGUGCUCUCUGCACUGGCCGGAGUUCUGCUGCUGGCCGCCAUCUGCCUGCUGCUGUGGAAGUGUGGUUUCUUCAGGCGAGCCAGCACCAGGGAGACGUACGAGGCCAAGACCCAGAAGGCCGAGAGGCGGAGCCAGCCGUCCGAGGCCGAGCGGCUGACCGGCGAGCUGUGAGGCCGGCCGGUCCGGUCCGGUCCGGUCCGGUCCGGGGCCUCGGCCAACCCGCUUGUGGCUUCUUCGUGCGGCGGAGGGCGUGGCAGGGCGCGACACUCCACCAGGGGAGGAUUAUGGGUAAAGAACAGGAACGCUACACCAACGCCGAC